UACACACUGUGUCUGUUCCUUGGCUUGGGGUAUGUUAGUGGGCAGGCAGCAGUGUGGGUGGGAGGUGUAUAGCUAAAGGCCUGCAAAGGAGACCAAAAGAAGCAGCUUCAAAAGAAAACAGAAAGUCCUACACAGAGAGCAACAGGAGUGACAGCUCAGGAAUUACAGAACAACAUGAAGCUUUCUCAGGCCUCCUCAUUUUUACCCAUCUCUCUGUUCCUCCUUUUACUUCUUCAUCUUCCAACAUUGCAAGGACAGGCCAUCAAUUCAGCUCAACAAUCUCAACCCUGUGGAGAAGAUUCCUUUCCACUUGACUGUGAGGACAUAUACGAUCAAGGUUCAGAGACAGAUGGCGUGUAUCUCAUCUUUCCAGCAGGACCAAGCGUCCCUGUCCCCGUGUACUGUGACAUGACCACUGAUGAUGGAAAGUGGACGGUUUUCCAGAAACGCUUCAAUGGAUCAAUCAGUUUCUUUCGGGGAUGGAAUGACUACAAGUUUGGCUUUGGCAAAGCAGAUGGUGAAUAUUGGCUGGGACUGCAAAAUAUCUACCUUCUCACCUUGAAACAAAAAUAUGAGCUACGUGUGGAGCUGGAGGACUUUGAGAAUAAUACCGCAUUUGCCAAAUAUGCUGACUUCUCCCUUUCCCCAAAUGCAAUCAGUGCAGAAGAGGAUGGCUACACUCUCCAUGUAUCUGGCUUUACUGAUGGAGGGGCGGGUGAUUCACUGUCCUAUCACAGUGGCCAGAAGUUCUCCACAUUUGACCGUGACCAAGAUCUCUAUGUGCAGAAUUGUGCAGCUCUGUCAUCAGGUGCCUGGUGGUUCAAGAGCUGCCAUUUUUCCAACCUCAAUGGCUUCUACCUUGGUGGACCACAUCUGUCUUAUGCCAAUGGCAUUAACUGGUUCCAGUGGAAAGGCUUUUACUAUUCCCUCAAGAGAAGUGAGAUGAAAAUACGCCGUGUUUGAGAUCCAAGGCAGCUGAUGGUUUUCCCCAAUCUUCUACUCUAGAGGCCACUUGAAUCUUAUAGACUGAAUUCCCAAUUAUUAAUGUAUUUCAUUACUUUGACUCUGUUUUCCUACCUUUAGCAUGCAGCCUACACCAAAUUAUUCCUCAGAGAACACAAUUCUCAAUAAAGAUACCCAUUUCUCAGGCUCUGCAUUACUGAGAUCCAACACGACUAGAUAAUUGCCAGUGCCACAUCUUACUAUCCUACUAAUCACCACACUUAUGAUAGCCACCAACAUCUCUUCUCUUCCAGGAAACCUAAGUUUGUUUCACCAACAUCAAUAUCAUUGAUCAUGGGUCCUACCUGCCACUUCAAUGUCCCAAAUCAAAAAUUGCACUGGGAACAUACCAGAAAUAAACCCUACCUCUUCUAGCUGACUGUUCCUCUUCAGAAGCCCAACAGGAAAAAAAUGGAGGAGGCUAUAGAAGUUAUGGUAGUGUUUCAGACUAAAUCAUUGCUUCAGAUUAAUAAAAAUGAGAUAAAGUGUGUUGGUAGAACUGGGAGAAUGGCUCAUCUAAGCCAAGUUCCUGCUUUACCCAUUUCCCAGUUCUAGAUAA